CGAGGCAGGUCGAGGCAAGGCAAGGCAAGGCAAGGCAAGGCAAGGCGAAGCGAAGCGAAACGAGGCAACGCGACGCGCGAGUCGGAGAGGUAAAGGCGAAGGAAGGCAAAAGCGAGGCGUGGCUCUGUCGGAGGAGCGGUACGGCCCUGGGAGGCGGUGGUGAGGCCUCGCGGAGGAGCAGCGACGACGAGGAGGUGCACCGCACGGGCCAGACAAACAGACUGGCACUGGCAUCGCGGGAGUCGGCGGCAGUGGUCACCGGUGCUCACCGAGACGCUCCUCGAGAGUAACCCGUGCGCGUUUUGGCGAACAUGCGCCGCGUGUAUCCUUUCAAUCGUUCUUUGGCCGGUUGAGCAAAGUGCGCGCAAUGUGUUUCAUCGAUCCACGAUCCAAUUGAAUCUCGAUCAUCGCGGGACAAUCGGCGAGAAGAAAAGUUUGAAAAGAUAGAGGUGUUGUACCAGGAAGGACUUUGGUAGUAGUACUGAAAUUGUAGUUUCGCGUACGAGUGGUGUGUCGUUUUGAAGGAUCGAUAAAAAAUCGAUCGAUACCGCGGUUGGAUCGCGGCUCGAUCGCCGAGUCGGCGGUCCCGCUCGGCGUCCACGUUGGUGGUUCGAUAGGAACGACGACGACGAGGACAACGUCGUCGUCGUGCGAGCGCCGACGUAGGAGGAGGAGGAGGCGGUGGCGUAGGGGAAGGUGGUGCUGGUGGAGGUGGUGGUGGAAGCGGCGGGAGGUAGAAUGGUGCCUUCCGGCCCGUGUCGAUCUCGAGCGGAAAGACGCGCCGAGAUGUCGCCGCGCCGUCUCGCGCCCCUGCUGAUCCUCGGGACGAUCCUCGCCGGGCUGACGAGCACCGCCGCCGCGGAAAGGAUGAGCGGCCUCUACGUCGACAAUGGUUUCGACCAGACGAUCGUGCACAGGGUGGUCAGCCAACGCGAGAAACGCGAGGUCGAGCACGAGAUAUUGAAUCUUCUUGGACUGCCUGAUAGGCCGCGGAACACAGCCGGUAGACCUCCCCAGGUGAAAAGGUCGGCGCCAAAGUUUCUCUUGGACAUAUACAAGAACGCUCUUGGCGAGGACGAGGACGAGAAACCGAUCGCCGAGCAACGAAGCGUCAGCGAGUUCGAUCUUACCGGUCAGGAUCUCAGGGCCAUCGACCAGAGCGACGUCAUCAUGACCUUUGCCGCUCACAAUCAUCACGUUCCUGGAGUGAGGCACGAGCGUGGAAAAAGGCUCUGGUUUGACGUGUCCGAGGUACCACCUGGGGAACACAUAAUUGGCGCAGAGCUUAGGCUCUAUCGCAGUAUGGAUGUGAAGAAUAGAAGAAACCGUGGGUCAUACAUGAUCACGGCUUACCGUGUCUUAAGGACCGAGGACGGAACGAGAGAAUUGCAAUACGUAGAUGCAGUUAACACGACAACAGGAAAAGAGGGAUGGUUGACUUUGAACGUCAGCGAACCUCUGGAUCAUUGGGUUAAUAAUCCCGAUGGAAAUAAAGGAUUGUACUUGUCGGUGCAUCCUGCGGAUCGUUCCGUACAUGAAAUGAGACCAGAAGACAUCGGAAUCGUUGGAUUCCGAGGUGAUCCUGACAAACAACCAUUUAUGGUUGGUUAUUUUAAAAGUUCUGGCAUCAGGGAGACGAAAGUACGACAGAAACGAGAUGCUAGGAGAAGAAAGAAAAGCGAGUCCUCCAGUUUGGAUUAUCGGAAUAAUCCGUACACCGAUCCUGGUGUGCAGUACAACUCUAGGACCUGUAAAAUCCAAACGUUGUACGUCAGUUUCAGGGACCUGAAGUGGCAGGACUGGAUCAUAGCACCGGACGGGUACGACGCAUAUUAUUGCAGCGGCGAAUGCAAUUUCCCUUUGAACGCUCACAUGAACGCGACCAACCACGCGAUCGUCCAAACGUUGGUGCACCUGGUGAGCCCUGGUAAGGUGCCAAAACCUUGCUGCGCCCCGACCAAACUCUCGCCGAUCUCCGUGCUGUAUUUCCUCGACGAGAGCAACGUUAUACUCAAGAAGUACAAAAACAUGGUCGUCAAGAGCUGCGGUUGCCAUUGAUCAGUCGACUAAGUAUCUCUUCCAGUCUUCGGAAUUAAUUCGAUGGAAGAACCACGAUGUUGAUGGAGUACAGACUUCCUGCUGGAUUGUCAGUGGAUAACAAGAUUUCUUUCUUGCACACGUCGAUUCGAGCUGUUCCAUAUUGUUGUUAAUUUUGAUCAUUGUGAAGAAUUUUAAACACCGAGCGUUUUUUUUUUUUUUUUCAUUCUUUUCAAGUUGCUUCAAGGGUCUAAAAACACGUUGGAACUAUUUCAGUUUUUCAUUUUAAAUCCUCUUCUGAAGUAUAAUCGCUCGUAUCGGCUCGAUCGAACUUAAAUUCCAGUGUCUGUACGUUCGUGUGUUAACAAAAGUGAACAAGUUGAUCGAUGGUGAAUCUAAGCGACGCAAAUGAACAUCGGUCGUCUGGUGCCAAAUUUCGACUAGUAGAUAGUGUAAUUCACGAAACAAGUGCUUCCGUACUAACGAUCGCAAGGAUUUCAAGAUGGAAACUUUGAUCGACGAAGAGGUGCGAUCCGACAGGUGGUUUAGUGGAUAUUUUGUAAUAUAUACGUAUAAGGUGCGGAUAAAUUCGUUAUGCAAGGGAGAAAAGGGUGAUAUUAAGUGCAAAAAUAAGUCAGAAUUAUGAAAUACAUGUAUAAAUUGAUAUUACAUUAGUACAAAUUCAGGAAAUUUCAUAAGCAACCAAUAUGGUGGCCAUCUUAUUAUGUAGAGAAAAUGGUGGGACCCAUGGAACCCUAUAGAAAUAUUGAAAAAUUUGCAGAUAAUUAAAAAAAUAAAUAUAUUUACUCUACUUAGCAAAAAUGUAGUAUUAGUUAUUUUUUACAACUGCAUACCAUCUUUACAAUAAUUUUGAAAUUCUUCCAUGAAAAAUUAUUUAAUUCGAAAUAGUUGUUGGAAUUUUAAGAACCAAGGUUUAUACAGUUGGUUAAAGUAUGUAUGUAAAAUAAUUUUGACUUAAUAUUGAACAAGAUAUCACCCUUUUCUUACUAGUAUAACGAGUACCACCGCAAUUUUGUAUAUGCGUAACAAUUGGAGUCACUAAUUGAUACUCCAAUACCUUUCUUUCUUCCCUACCCUCAUCUUUUUUAAUAUCUCAUCUAACGUCCAAACGUUCAAUCGGAUAAUGUUAAUUACUUAGUGAUAUUAAUUUAAUGACUCGAACCCCCAUUCGAUUAUAUCAUAGUCUGAGAGACAAUGAAUUCUCAACAAGUUUUCACUUGUUUUACAUUUUUUACUCCAGAAACACACAAGCGCCCUGUGGUUUCUGCUCGUCAAUGGUAUCUAUGUAAGCCGGUAUAAAGAAGAAAAUCAAUUUCUUGUAAAUUAGACUUAUUUUAUUUAUAUUUGCGAGUGAAUAAGCGUCUGAUCAAACGAAGAGAAAGAUUGUAUGUAAUACUCGUAACAAAUUCGUACGUGUACAUACAGAGGGUUGUUUCAUAAGAUAAAACGAAGAUAGAAGACGAUAUUUCAUAAAAAAAAAAAAAAAAAAAAUGAUAUAAAUUGAUUCUUCCAAUUAACACCUUAUCGACUAGAAACUAAUUAAUAUCUUAAAAUAUUUAAAAUAGGUAAUAUUCAAAUCAAGCACGGUGAAAGCUAUAAAAACUUUCAGGAAUACCCAGUAAUAAAAUUUGCGAAUUGUAGAUAAGGUGUUAACUAAUGAUUUCGCAAAAUCAUCAAGAACUAAGUUAAUUCUCCGUCAGAAAUCCCUCGUUGACAAAGUACCAAUUAUUAUCAUAUGAAGUAUUCUAUUAAAAUGGUCAAAUGUUUGUUGUGAUUUAUUUUCAUAUUUUCAGGAAUAUUCUAAUGGCAACAGAUAUGGGUACCAUUUUGUACAUACACACACAUGUACGAUUCUACUUUCUAUGUAUAUGUAUAUAUGUAGAGCGUAGUAAAUAUAAUUUAUAUAUGUGUGCGUAGAAAGUAGAAAGUUUUCUUUAACACGAUUUUAUAGUGUCGUGAUUACCAUGCGAAAGGGAAUCAAAUAUAUAUAUGUAUUUUUAAAUCGGAGCAAAAAACGUUACGUGCAAUAGAACGAGAACUUAUUAUUAAUUAUAAAAAAUUUUGUUGAACGUAGUCGUACAGAUUUUUCUCUAUCUCUAUCUCUGUUUUCUUUUGUAUAGAUUUCUAUUUUUUAUAAGCUCGUAAGGUGAUACGAGAAUUAAUAGUCACUUAAAUCGACGUGUGAGAUUAAAAUUUAAAUUAUUUUUCUGCUGUUAAUCGUGAAAUGUGUCACGCGUUUGCGUUCUCAAAGGCGUUUAACGAGCGUUUAAAUCGUGUGAAUGAGAAUGAUGCAUAGUUUAUUUUAGCAGGUGGGUGCGUGAAUGUUCGUAUGCGGUCAAAUAAAUCGAUGAAUAUAUAGUCUGUGGUAUUAUUAACACAACUUUUGUAAUGACAAUGUAAAUAUAUCGUUGUAAAUACGUUCUAUAAUACAUACUAUAUAUAAUGUGUACGAUACACUUACUUAUUUUAAUGUUUCUUAACAUGCAUCAUUAAAUAAUAAUUCUUUUUAAAUAAUAUAAUAAUGCUAUUUCAAAAAUGAUUUCUGAUAACGUUAAAAAUUAUUUCUGGAAUUGGAACUGAAUGAUAAAAAAAUGAAUGCUUUUUAUAACAUGUAACUAAAUGCAUUCGAGGAACUUAGAAAGGAAUGAAAUAAAUAUGUAACACUUUUCAAGAUACAAAAACUACAAAUGAAUAAACUUGUUUCACGCAGGAUAA